CCCGCAUUAACAGCCGCUCGCAGCUGUCCGCAGUAGUCUGGACUUGGACUACUACUGUGGACUGGUAAGUUUACGACUGACUGGAAAUGACGGGGAAUGACUGGGUCCUUCCUUUCCUAGGUAGUGACCUAGUACUUCGCUCUAAAACAAGGCAAGGCCGAGAGUUUGCCAUGUCAGAGUCGAGCAUGAUAAAAUGGAUAACCUCCCCGCUACAAUUGCCGUCGAGGACCCCGAAUCUUCUCUCAUGACUGGUAGCCCCAUAUCUCACAGCUACUUAAAGCCCGUCUUCUCCCCAUCCAAAUCCUCAGACCAAAAGUAUCUCUAUUCUCUAAGCAUUUGAUAUUCCCCAGAUUCCCCAUCUCAUUCCAGUGUCACUAUUCUCUUCUCUGUAUCAGCUAUCCAUCAUCCGAUCUUCGCCAACAUCAUGGACGAUAGCUUCACACCGACUGAGAGGGUCGGUGGCAGCCGCAGGUCAUCGACGUCAACAUCUAACGAGUAUGAUAUUGUCAUCGUCGGUGCCGGGCCUGUUGGCCUUCUCCUGUCAACAUGCUUGGCACGGUGGGGUUACAAGAUCAAGCACAUCGACAAUCGGCCUGAGCCAACCAAGACCGGCCGAGCAGAUGGCAUUCAGCCGCGGUCCUUGGAUCUUCUGCGCAAUAUGGGCUUGAAACCAGCAAUCAUGGCCCACGAGCCCGCUAAAGUCUACGAGGUUGCCUUUUGGGAUCCUACCAGCGCCGGAAAAGGCAUCCAAAGAACCGGGACUUGGGCUAGUUGUCCUAGCUUCAUCGACGCCAGGUAUCCAUUUACGACACUUCUUCACCAGGGACUGAUCGAGCGGGUUUUCAUUUCAGAUCUAGAGAAAAAUGGGGUGCAGAUUCAGAGACCGUGGACUAUCACAGGGUUUAGGUCAGAUGAAAAGAAGAACCCAGAGUACCCUGUCGAGGUCGACUUGGAGCACGUUGAUGGCAAGCAGAGGGAAACUGUCAAAGCAAAGUAUUUGUUCAGUGGCGAAGGUGCGAGGUCAUUUGUGCGGGAUCAACUGAAAAUUGGCAUCAAGCACAAAGAUCCAAUUGCACAUGUUUGGGGUGUGAUGGAUGGAGUGGUCAAGACCGACUUUCCUGAUAUCAAAAUGAAAUGUACCAUUCACUCGGAGCAUGGCUCAAUAAUGGUCAUUCCCAGAGAGGAUAAUAUGGUCCGUUUGUACAUUCAAAUCGCUUCUUCCACGGAUAAAGACUGGAACCCAAGGAAGUCCGCAACAGAAGAGGAGGUUCAGAAUUCAGCUAAGAAGAUCCUGGAACCGUACAGUAUCGAGUGGGAGCGAGUAGAGUGGUACUCGGUCUACCCAAUUGGCCAAGGCAUUGCAGACAAGUAUACCCUGGACCACAGAGUCUUCAUGGGUGGCGAUGCUUGUCACACACAUAGUCCCAAAGCUGGCCAAGGAAUGAAUACCGCUUUCCUCGAUGCCCUCAACCUGGCAUGGAAGAUUCAUCACGUUGAAGCCGGAUUUGCAGACCGGUCCCUGCUUCACUCAUAUGAAUCUGAGCGAAAGCUAAUUGCCGAAAACCUCUUGAAUUUUGAUGCGAAGUACGCUGCCCUGUUUUCCCAAAAAGCACCAGCAGCAAAGGAUGUCGCUGCAGCCACAGAAAAGUCUGGUGCUGGCGAGGAAGACGAGAAUCAAUUCAUCAAGACUUUCAAGGAAUCUUGCGAGUUCACGAGUGGCUAUGGUGUUGCCUACGAUCCAAACUCCCUCAACUGGUCUUCAUCACAUCCGGCCCAAUCUGAUCUCAUCAACCCCAAAGGGAACAAGAACCGCACUGGCCGAAUUCUUAUCAACUCAAAUGUCACGAGGGUAGUAGAUGCGAAUGUGGUUCAUCUGGAACAAGAAAUCCCGGUCAACGGGUCUUUCAGAGUUUAUGUCUUUGCUGGACAGGUAUCGAAAACCCAGCAAGCUCUCAAAGAUUUCGCCCAAAACCUAAGCAAGAAGAACUCUUUCUUCAGCUCCUAUCUGCGAAAAGAUAUCGAUUCUGUCUCGCAUCACGAACGUCACAACCCUCACAGCCACUUUUUCACAUUUUGCACUAUUUUUGCAAGCAAGCGGAGCAGUAUCGAAAUUUCUAGAGAUGUGCCCGACUUGCUGGCACGAUACAGAGACAAUGUCUAUGCAGACGACAUCUGGGACCAGAGAGUGCCUGAUGCAAAGGCUGCAGCGCAUGCUAAGAUGGGUCUGGACGAGGAGAAUGGUGGCGUCAUUGUUGUACGACCAGACGGUUAUGUUGGAAUCGUAACUGCUUUGGCUGAAGGAAGUGGAACUGUUGAUGCCCUAAACCAGUAUUUUGCUGCAUUUUGUUCGAAGACGGUUGGCGAACCCCGAGCGCAAUUAUAAUAGCUAUGACAUGAUGAUAUGAAUUGUACAAAUAGAUCAAAUUACUUCUUUGACUGUUGACUCAGGUUGUACACCAAAAAAUGAUUGAAUCAUACGCAAA